CAUGGCUUGUCUAACGUUCAAUCAAUUUAUCUCUUGGCACUCCCACAAUGCGCAGAGACGUCUUCAAGGAAGACGCAUAAGCUACUCGCGCCUUGUCCCUCAGCCCUAAACGGUUCACAGAAUUACGUAUUUAUUAAUGUAGUCUUUUUAAAAUAUAACUGUCGAUUUAAAGACAGUGACUUAAGUUACUUGUAUUGGUGGCCUACAGAAAAAGUGACAUGGCAACUUCGGAACUUUACUCAAAGCAUGCUCGUGUGUGGAUCCCUGACCAGGUGGAGGUGUGGCGGCCGGCGGACCUCCUGAGGGACUAUGCACCUGGAGACGCGUCGCUGCUGCUGCAGCUGGAGGACGGCACGGAGUUGGAGCACAAGCUUCCGAAGGACCGUUGCCUGCCCCCCCUGCGGAACCCUGACAUCCUGGUGGGGGAGAACGACCUGACGGCCCUGAGCUACCUGCAUGAGCCGGCCGUGCUGCACAACCUCCGCGUGCGCUUCAUCGACUCGCGGCUCAUCUACACAUACUGCGGCAUUGUGUUGGUAGCCAUCAAUCCAUACGAGUCUCAGCGCAUCUAUGGAUCUGACAUCAUUAAUGCGUACAGUGGGCAGAACAUGGGGGACAUGGACCCCCACAUCUUUGCAGUGGCUGAAGAGGCUUACAAACAGAUGGCCAGAGAUGAGAAGAACCAGUCCAUCAUAGUGAGUGGGGAAUCUGGGGCGGGGAAGACGGUCUCGGCCAAAUACACCAUGAGGUACUUUGCCACGGUCAGUGGGUCAUCGGGCGAGACCAACAUCGAGGAGCGAGUGCUGGCGUCCAGUCCCAUCAUGGAGGCCAUUGGGAAUGCCAAAACCACCCGUAAUGACAACAGCAGCCGCUUUGGGAAGUACAUCGAGAUUGGGUUUGACAGGAAAUACCAGAUGAUGGGUGCCAACAUGAGGACGUACCUGCUGGAGAAGUCCAGAGUGGUGUUCCAGGCCAGUGAGGAGCGGAACUAUCAUAUAUUUUAUCAGCUGUGCGCUUGCUCUCACGCUCCUGAAUUUAAGGACCUGAAAUUAGGCCGAGCAGAUGACUUCCAUUUCACCAACCAGGGAAAAAACCUAGUUAUAGACGCUGUGGACGAUGAGAAAGAGAUGAAGUCAACCAGGAAGGCUUUGACUAUGUUGGGCAUUGAUGAGGCCCAGCAGAUGGGUCUGUUCAGGAUCCUGGCCGGAGUUCUUCACCUGGGGAACGUGGAAAUCAGGCCGCGGGGGGCUGACAGCAGCACUGUGUGUCCAGACAGCCCUCCCCUGCUGACGUUCUGUGAGGUGAUGAGCGUACCGGUGCAGGAGAUGUCUCAUUGGCUGUGCCACAGGAAGCUGAAAACGGCGUCGGAGACGUACAACAAGCCCAUGUCCGGAGUGCAGGCACUGACCGGCCGGGACGCCCUGGCUAAGCACGUCUACGCCCGCCUCUUCAGCUGGAUCGUGGCCCGCAUCAACACAGCGCUGCAGAAUGCUGGCAAGCGACACGCCUUCAUCGGGGUUCUAGACAUCUACGGGUUUGAGACGUUUGAGGUCAACAGCUUUGAGCAGUUCUGCAUCAAUUAUGCCAAUGAGAAACUCCAGCAGCAGUUUAAUUUGCAUGUGUUUAAGUUGGAGCAGGAGGAGUACAUGAAGGAGGACAUCCCAUGGACGCUGAUCGAUUUCCAUGACAACCAGCCCUGUAUCAGCCUGAUCGAGGCCAAGAUGGGCAUCUUGGACCUGCUGGAUGAAGAAUGCAGAAUGCCCAAAGGUUCUGACGGGUCGUGGGCCCAAAAGCUGUACAGCACCCACGGGAAAAGCAGUGCUCACUUCCAGAAGCCGCGCAUGUCCAACACUGCCUUCAUCGUCCUGCACUUCGCUGACCAGGUGGAGUAUGAGUGUGAGGGGUUUCUGGAGAAGAAUAAAGACACAGUGAAUGCGGAGCAGAUUAGUGUCCUGAGGUCCAGUAAGUUUGAGCUGCUGCUGGAGCUCCUUGAGGAGGAGGAGGAGUGUGUAUCUGCAGCUGGAGGGGGACCUGUUCACACUCGCCUGAAGACGGCACGCAGCAGCACCCAACUAACACACACACGCAAGAGCGUCGGCCUGCAGUUCCGGAACUCUCUGCAUCUUCUCAUGGAGACUCUGAACACCACAGCUGCCCACUAUGUACGCUGCAUCAAACCCAAUGACCAAAAGGCACCCUUCACGCUGGACCCAGUGCGGGCAGUACAGCAGCUCAGAGCGUGUGGAGUUCUGGAGACGAUUCGCAUCUCAGCGGCCGGAUUCCCCACCAGGUGGACAUACCAGGAGUUCUUCACACGGUACCGUGUUCUCAUGAAGCAGGCCAACACGCUGCCUGAUCGCAAAGUAGCGUGCAGGACGAUUCUGCCUCAGCUGGUUGAGGAUGAGGACAAAUAUCAGUUUGGCAAGUCUAAGAUCUUCUUCCGGGCGGGGCAGGUGGCUUACCUGGAGAAACUACGGUCUGAUAGGCUGCGGGCUGCCUGCAUACGGAUCCAGAAGACGAUUCGCUGCUGGCUGCAGCGCAAGAAGUACCUGCGCAUGCGGAGGGCAGCUGUCACCAUCCAGAGACACGUCAGGGGCCACCAGGCGCGCCGCCUGGCACUGUUCCUGCGGCACUCCCGAGCGGCGGUGGUCAUCCAGAAGUACCAGCGCAUGUGGGCAGCGCGGAGAAAGUUCCAGCGCAAGCGGGCAAUUGCCCUGCUCCUCCAGCGUCUCUACAGGGGCUACGCUGCCAGGAGGGAGCACCAGCGGAUGCUGUACGAGCAUAAAGUGUGCCUGCUGCAGCGCUGGGUGAAAGGCUGGCAUGCGCGGGUGCGUUACCGGCGUGUGCGUGCGGCCGUGGUGCUGCUGCAGAGCUGCGUACGACGCAUGCUGGCCCGCCGUGAGCUCAAGAGGCUGCGUGUUGAGGCCCGCUCCGUGGAACACUUCAAGAAACUCAACGUCGGCAUGGAGAACAAGAUCAUGCAGCUGCAGCGCAGGAUCGAUGAGCAGCACAAAGAGAACCGUGUGCUCGGGGAGAAACUUAAUGCACUCGAGGCCAGCCACACCUCUGAGCGGGAGCGUUUGAUUGGCCAGCUGGACCGGCUAAAGGGGAUAGAGGAGAACAGCAGAAGCCAAUUGGAUCGUGUGAGCUGUCUCGAGGCGAAGCUAGAGGCCAGCAGGCAGGAGCUGGAGCGCAGCCGCCAGGAGAGGCUGGAGGACCAGCAGAGGGCACAAGUGGACAGGGAUGCCCUGGGGCAGCAAGUGGCAGAGCUGAACAAGCAGAAUGUCCUCCUGAAGAGUGAGAAGGAGGAGCUCAACAGAUUCAUUGUUGAACUAGAGAGGAAGGCAGAGGAGCGGGAGAAGGCUCAUGAAGGGAACAUUCAGCAGCUGCAGUCGGAGCUGAACGAGGAGCGAUGUCGCUACCAGAACCUUCUCUCAGAACACCACAAGUUAGAGGAACGCCACAGCAACCUGAAGGAGCAGAAUGCAAGCAGAGCAUCUCCGCAGAGGAAGGAUUCCACGUCCAGCCUAGCUGCCUCUGACAGCACCCUCAGCUCUGGCUUCGGGGAGGGGGAGGAGGACCGGAAAAAAGGGGAGAGGAGCUCCACUGGUCGGGACAUGUCUCUGCUGCUCACACUGCAGAAGAAAGUGACAGAGCUAGAGAGAGACAAACACAACCUGCAGAAUGAGCUGGACUCCAGAGAGGACCAGCUACACACCAGCAAAGCCAAGGAUGAAGAGGAGUUCAAGAAGACUCUGCUGUCAGAGCUGGACCAGGAGGGCCUGAAGCGACAGGAGCUGGAGUCCGCGAACAGGAAGCUGAAGCGGGACCUGAGUGAGCUCCGGGAGGCUCUCAGCCAAUCAGCUGGCUCUGGUACGGCUGCCCCUGGAUCACCAGCCUAUAAUGUGCUGUUGGAGCAGCUCAGCUCAGCCAAUGAGGAACUGGAACUGCGCAAGGAGGAGGUGCUUAUUCUUCACUCCCAGCUGGUUGGUCUGGAAACCCAAAAGAAUAAGGAAUCAGAUAAUUCUGCCAACAGCAGCAGGUCCCUGACCCUUGACAUCCAUGAGCUGAAUGAGGAUGGGGAGUUGUGGAUGGCCAACGAGGGGCUGAAGGAGACCAACACGUUGCUGUUGUCUCAGCUGCAGUCCAUGACUGAGGAGGUUGAGAGUGUGCGCUCUGAACUGCAGAGGGCGCUGCAGGAGCGUGACCAGCAGCAGGAGCUUCUGACCCAAAGCCUGAAGCUUCCUCAAGACGCCCGCAUUCCUGCCAGCCUCCAGCAUGAGAUCAGCAGGCUCACCAAACACAACCUGGAACUGGUGGAGCAGGCGGAGAGACAGGACAAGGUGCUCCGCAAGCUGAAGAAGCAGCUGAAGGUCUACAUGAAGAGGGCUGGAGACGGAGAGAUGGCGUUGGAGCUGGGCUCUGUGGAUGGUCUUCCCAAAUUGACCCUGCCCCGUAAGGAGCGCGACUGCAGGGGGAUGCUGGUCUGCAAGAGGGAGGACGAAAGCAGACUACUGAAAAUCCUCAUCACAGAAAUGCGUCCACGGGGUGUAGCUGUCAGCAUGGUCCCCAGCCUGCCUGCCUACAUCCUCUUCAUGUGCCUCCGCCACGCCGACUUCUCCAACGACGACCAGCGCGCCACCAAACUCCUCAACUCCACCAUCAACAGCAUCAAGGGAGUCAUGAAGAGGAAAGGAGACAACUUUGAGAUGGUGUCGUUCUGGCUGGCCAACACGUGCUGCUUCCUGCACUGUCUGGAGCAGUACAGUGGAGAGGAGAUUUACACCAAGCACAACACCCCUCAGCAGAAUGAGCACUGCCUGGUGAACUUUGACCUGGCUGACUACCGUCAGGUGCUGUGUGACCUAGCCAUUCAGAUCUACCAGCAGCUCAUCAAAUGUGUGGAGGACAUCCUGCAGCCUAUGAUCGUGCCGGGGAUGCUGGAGCAAGACUCCAUCCCAGGAGUGCUGGGGGUGAAGGCGACAGGCAUGCGGAAGCGGACGUGCAGUAUGACUGAAGAGAGUGGCGCAGCGACGCUGGACUCCAUCCUGCGGACGCUGAGCGGUUUCCACGCGUUGCUGCAACAGCACGGCAUUCCGCCUCAGUUGCUCCGGCUCGCUGUCAAGCAGCAGUUCUACAUCAUCUGUGCCGCCACGCUCAACAACCUGCUGCUGCGCAAGGACAUGUGCUCCUGGAGCAAAGGCCUGCAGAUCAGGUAUAAUGUGUGUCAGCUGGAGGACUGGCUGCAGGACAAGGGUCUGUUGAACAGUGGGGCCAGAGAGAUGCUGGAGCCUCUUAUCCAGGCAGCUCAGCUGCUGCAGGUCAAGAAGAAAUCCCAGGAGGAUGCCCAGGCUAUCGCCUCCAUGUGCACUGCACUUACCGCCGCACAGAUCGUGAAGAUCCUGAACUUGUACACUCCGGUGAACGAAUUUGAGGAGAGGGUCUCCUCGACAUUCAUUAAGACCAUUGAGGCCUGUCUGCAGCCCCGUAAGGAGUCGUCUCAGCUCCUCAUGGAGACGAAGAACAUCUUCCCUGUGACGUUCCCCUUCCACCACUCCUCCGUUGCCCUGGAAACCAUUCUCAUUCCAAACAGCCUCAACCUGGGCUUCCUCACGCGAGUGUGAACAAACACACACACACACACACACACACACACACACACACACACACACACACACACACACACCAGACCUGUGAGCCAUAUCAGGUAUAUUUUCACUUAGUUUAACUGCAGGUUAAUGAAUGGUAUUCAGAUAAUGUGACUCCUGUGUUAUCCUGGCAUUGGCAGAUAGGGUGACCUUUCCGUGUGUGUGUGUGUGUGUGUGUGUGUGUGGUUGUGUUAAAACUUUGCACAUAUGUGUGGAACUGAAACAAAUCCUGCAGGUCAGCAGUGGUCGUUUGCUGCCUUUCUCUACCUGGUGCCCUGGCCAAAUGCACUUAACAUUGUGUGUCAUGGAACUUAAGUGCAAGUAGGUCUGUGAAAUACUAUUGCAAGAAAUAAAUGUUUUAAUAUGCCUGUUGAAAACUGAAUGGAAAUAAACUAAAAUAAUUGGUAUUA